AUGGCUUCAGCAAAUGAGACCCCUGGCUAUGUUCCAGUCUCCGAAUGGCCGAAUCUCGAUGCCCUAGCAGUAGGCUUCAAUGAGCACUUGAUGGCUGAGUCCCGCAAGCUCACCGGGAAGAGCCUAACGCUAUUCCUCAACGACGCCAAUCUCACACGGAUCGCGCACCGUUUUAUCGAUGCUGACACUCUGGAAUGGGAGGUUCAGAGCGAUAAACAGACCGGGACUGCGAAGUAUAAAGCCUUCGAAGUUCGACCAGACACCUUCUUUGUCGACUUUUACAAGUCCGAUUAUCAAGAGCAAGUCAGUCUCGUGAUGAACCUGCGCACCGGACAGGCCAUUGUUGGACUUUCUGGCUUUCACAUCAAAGACGAGCAGAAACGGACCUGGACUCGGUUCUCGAACGCCUCAAUUGACGGACGCAACGAUGUUGUCCCGUUUGCGCCGACAACAGAUCUUAUUGGUAAACACAUCCUAUACCGCUACACGCCCCGGGAUGCCUACGAGCACAUCUACCUAAACCAAGGCACAUUGACAUGGCAUUGUCUGAGUGGGACCGAAAAAGGGCUUGCAGACACUGAGCCAUGCAGAGUGCUGAAGCUGGAUGAGAAAUUAUAUCUGCUGUUCUGGAGUGAGAAGAUCAUGCCUGUUGAAUCGAUUGUCGUGGUGGAUCUUCAACAGAUGCGCUCGACAGGCCGGUUCUUCUGCUGGGAUCCGAAGCCGGCAAGACUGGUGCAGAUGUUAUUUGGUUCGUACGCGACGAUAUUGGCUGAAACGGAUGCUGCUGGAACGCUUGCCUUGAGGGGAUCGCAUAUCUGA